CGGCAGCGGUGGCGGCGGCGCCCCCCGGCGGGAGCCGGUCCCUUUCCCGUCGGGGAGCGCGGGGCCGGGGCCCAGGGGACCCCGGGCCACGGAGAGCGGGAAGAGGAUGGACUGCCCGGCCCUCCCCCCCGGAUGGAAGAAGGAGGAAGUGAUCCGAAAAUCUGGGCUCAGUGCCGGCAAGAGCGAUGUCUACUACUUCAGUCCAAGUGGUAAGAAGUUUAGAAGCAAACCUCAGUUGGCAAGGUACCUGGGAAAUACUGUGGACCUCAGCAGUUUUGACUUCAGAACUGGAAAGAUGAUGCCUAGUAAAUUACAAAAGAACAAACAGAGACUUCGGAAUGAUCCUCUCAAUCAAAAUAAGGGUAAACCAGAUUUGAAUACAACAUUGCCAAUUAGACAAACAGCAUCAAUUUUCAAACAACCAGUAACCAAAGUCACAAACCAUCCUAGUAAUAAAGUGAAAUCAGACCCACAACGAAUGAAUGAACAACCACGUCAGCUUUUCUGGGAGAAGAGGCUACAAGGACUUAGUGCAUCAGAUGUAACAGAACAAAUUAUAAAAACCAUGGAACUACCUAAAGGUCUUCAAGGAGUUGGUCCAGGUAGUAACGAUGAGACCCUUUUAUCUGCUGUUGCCAGUGCUUUGCACACAAGCUCUGCACCAAUCACAGGACAAGUCUCCGCUGCUGUGGAAAAGAACCCCGCUGUGUGGCUUAACACAUCUCAACCCCUCUGCAAAGCUUUCAUUGUCACAGAUGAAGAUAUUAGGAAACAGGAAGAGCGAGUACAACAAGUACGUAAGAAAUUGGAAGAAGCACUGAUGGCAGACAUCCUGUCCCGGGCUGCUGAUACAGAAGAGAUGGACAUUGAAAUGGACAGUGGAGAUGAAGCCUAAGAAUAUGAUAGGUAACUUCGGACUGACUUUCCCCAAGAGCAAAUUACUAGAAAUUGAAUAAAAACAUUUCCACUGGGUUUUGCCUGUAAGAAAAAAAUGUACCCGAGCCCAUAGAGCUUUUUAAUAAUAGCACUAACCAAUGCCUUUUUAGAUGUAUUUUUGAUGUAUAUAUCUAUUAUUAAAAAAUGAUGUUUAUUUUGAGUCCUAGGACCUAAAAUUAGUGUUUUGUAAUAUCAAGAAGGACCCUUAAGAUGAAGCUGAGCUUUUCAUGCAAGGUGCAAUCUACUGGAAAUGUAGCACUUACGUGAAAUAUUUGUUUCCCCCACAGUUUUAAUAUAAACAAACCAAGAGUACCAAAUAAAUUUCCCAAUGAAAGAUUAUUGUGACUUCACUGUAUAUAAACAGAUUUUUGUACUUUAUUGAAAGGGGACACCUGUACAUUCUUCCAUCAUCACUGUAAAGAAAAAUAAAUGAUUAUAUUCACAGACUGAUUGGAACUUUUUCUGUUAAAGAGUACACACAAGAAGUGGCCCCUCAUUAACAUUCCUGAUACACAUUCACCUUUGAUCCUUGGGCCUUAGGUUUGAAGCGGAGGUGGUGGAAAAUAAUUUAUGCAUUUGUGGUAUGCCUCCAGACACGUUGAGAAUUGUGCUUUCAUCAGAAGUUUACAUUGUCAUCCAGCAAUGUAUUUUUUUUUCCUGCCUGUGACCAGUACUUCUGACAGUUCUGUUAAAAACAAAUAAGGCUUUUUCUUUCUCUCAGCAUGAGUUAGGUACACAGGUGCCUGGUAGGUGUUACUUGAAGUUCAUGUUGUUUUUGCUAAAACAGUUUUCAUUUUCUAACAUCCAGUAGCUUAUGAAGUUCACAAGUGCAGCUCACACCCUUAGCACAGUGAGAGGCACCUUCUAGGCAGAGAUGCUUAAUGAGCCAGAUUGUGAUUCUUUACUAAUCCAGUAGCCAGCCUCCAAGGUGUUAACAUAUUUUUCUGUUGAAACUCAUAUGCCUAAAUUUUAUUGCCAUUUAAAUUUCUUUUUCUAUCAGUUAAAUUUUGUGAUACCUUAUUACUUAAGCUGGCAUUGCUAUAUUCAUUAAUUUUAAAAUUGAAACAUAAUCUAGGAAGGGGGAGUGCUUAUAAGCAAAUUGAAGCAAAAUUUCAGAAAUGGAGCAAAAAUAAUGUUCUAUAGGAAUAAUUUGUGUACUUAGGAUUUCAUUUUAAAUUAGAUCUGAUAGAGCUCUUAUUAUCUUAUUAACAGUGAUGUGGUGAAGGAUAUGACCAAUUCUGUAUCAUAAUUCUGUACCAAUUUUGUACAUUUCAUUAUCAGUACUUCCAGAUUCUUUAACUUCUCAAAGGGAAAGAGGAGGAGGAGGUUAGUUAAAGCAGUAUGACUUUCUAAAUCUGGAGUGCUGUGUUUCUGGACCUUUAUUGCCAAACUAUGUAAAUACUCUUGGAAUUCCUGAUUUAUAUUCAGUUUUGGUCCCUAGGCCUAGGCCACAGAUUUCCAUGGAACGGCCCUGCUAGUGGAUGAGCAGGGAGACUUGCGGUCUCCAGGAGGGCUGUGGGCAGAUGGUCCCUGCUUUGGGUCCAUCAGCUUCCCAAGUGGGGUGGUGGGAAGUUAAUAUCAAUUUCUUUAUAAGCGCUGGUCUGACAAAUUACCAGGAUAGCCAAAGGUUUUUCUCCUCCUCCCUAAAGGCCGUGAGCCUUUAUUUGCAAUCACACUGGGGUAGUUUCACCUUGAUGAUCGUAUAUUUUUACAAUACAAUCCAACCAAGAUAUCUGUGCUUUUCUAAACAGAUUUGUAAAAAUAAAAACAGUGUACACACUAUAAAACUUUUUCUUGUAUACUUUGCUCAGGUAGAGAACAAGAUCUGAAAACUAUUACAUGGUGUCCUACUGGGGACCAUUCUGUAAGUCUGGGAUAUUCCCAAUGUACCGACAGGACAUGUCCGCGAUCAAGUUUGUCAUCUCAUCCUCACAAACUUACCACCAUCUUGCGUGUCCCAACUUGAAUAAAAGCAAAGCAGAAGCAGCUCA